CAUACAUACAUAUGUAAAUAUUUCCUAAAAAAAUUAGUUUAAUGAAAUUUUUGUGGAUUAAGAGGCAAAAGUAAUAAAAGAAAUUCCAAAUUUCAAGUUAGAUGGUUGAGAAUUAUUUCAAUGCAGGAAGCUCACGACGGAGCUACCGAAGCAACAGCAGUCAACGAGAGUUCCAUUGUAGACCUCAGUUUCAGCAGCAAAAAUCAACUUCAACGAGAAACAGCUGUGGACCCUCCACCUCCACCUCCGCGGCAACGGCGCGUGAAAGUUACGAGAACUGCGGUUGUCCCCAGCGAAGGACAUCACUCUCAGCCUCGUCAUCGCCAACGCGUUACAGCACAAGUGGAAUUCCGAAAGUAUGUUCAAAUGAUUUGGUCACAGGCGCCGGAAUGCUGGCAACAUCAACACCACAGUCCUCGUACACGACGCCUCGAAACAGCUGUGGACAAUCGGCUGCGACGUUGAUACAGGAUCCCUGCGGCACACGAAAAACAAAUUCAAAUGCAUCUUGUUGUUGUUGCUGCCCACAUUGUGGCAAACCGCAGGAUCCAACGCAAGCGCCUACACCACAGCCAACAUGUCCGCCACAGAAGAGCACACUGCCGUGCAGACCCAAGCCGCAGCCGCACAAGGAGGAGAAACCGUCACCCGAGGUUGAGUUCAAGUGUCGCAUGCGAAAAUUACAAUUGGAAAAUUUAGUCAAAGAUCAAUUCUGUCCCGGCGCCAUACAAAGUACAAUCGAUUGUGAGGAGGACUUUAAUGAAAUGUCCUUUCGUCUUGUGUUCGGCUGUGAGCCAUUGCCAUGCACUUUGCCAACCAUUGAGCCCAUCACGUUGGUGGAGGCACUGACGAUGCGUGUCGAUUUGGAGCGUUGUUUGCUAGCCAACGAGUCGACGUACGCGGAGUCGAGGCGAGGUUCUCGACUCGGUUCAAACGAGUUGGAUGAAGUGGACGAGUAUUUCAGUAGACAGUACAAAACAUCUUUGAACGAGGCACUUGCGAGUCUUUUAAAGGCGGAGAAAUGUUUUUAUGUAGAAAAUGCGAAUAUGAACGCUCUCAAUAUGGAUGCCCAAAUCAAUAAGACCUGUACAUGCCUACCAGAUAGUUCUGUAAAAAUUACGGCAUUCACUGGGAACACGCGACCGAUGCAGUAAAAUUUUUCGUUAUUGUUUUUCUGCAUAUUUUUUAUUUAAUUUAUUAAUAAAUUUAAAAAAAAUGUACUUAUGUGCAAUGAAAUUUGUAUAAGUCGAAAUGAAAUUCAAAAGCGA